AUGUCGAACACGCACGAAACAAUCCCUGGUACCGAUAUAUAUGGACCAGGCACCUUUAUCGAUAAGGAGGUACUUCCGGUACCCGAAGAUGCCCGUCGAGUAUUCGAAUUCCUGGCCUCUAUCACACCCGGCUUUACACAGGACAAGGCAGCAUGGGAUACUGUGAAAUUUGAAGGACAACCUAAGCCCAUGGUCCAGGGACCAAUCAAGUCACCGGUAGUAGCAGCUGUGCUGCAUGCCAUGGCAGGUCUGGUUGGAAAUGAGCUGUUGGAGCUUCGGGAUGGUGCCAAGGUGGUUGACAACAAAGUGACAGUUGAUACAGAUCACGCCGGGCUCUGGCUUGGCUCUGUGUUCACCACCCACAUCAAUGGCUCAGAACUUGGCACACUCGCACGGACAGGCAAAAUGAACUCGCUGUUCAAAACAGACAUGGAGCGGGGGGUCUUUGCAGGAAUUGCGAGCCGCACCACUGCUAUCUAUCAAACCAAGGAUCCGAAAGUGUGGUACCAGCUCCACGGUUCUCUGGAUGCCAAGAAAACACUCGAGACCAUGGGAAUUGAUGCCAAUGUUUCUUUCGACACACCCCAGGGAUACUAUGACUACAUCCAAAGUCAUAUAAUCAAGUGGAGUCCCGAUGAGCUUGAGAUGCACAACGUGCGCAAUGGCCUUUGUGGAAGCAUUUGCUACUCGCCAGAAGGUUGGAGGAAGACCGAAUUUGGAAAGCAGUUGGCGAAGCACCCCCUGGUGAAUGUCACCGAGCAGACAUAUGCAAAGCCUACGCCACAAGUUUCCCUGCCUAAAGUUACAUCCGACCGUCGACCGCUUGCCGGGAUUAAGGUAUUGGAGAUGGUACGGAUCAUCGCUGGUCCUCAAGCAGGCGUUGUUCUAUCAUCAUACGGAGCCGAUGUCAUUCGGGUUAACUGCAGCCGAUUGGUUGAUUUGAAUGUAUUGCAACUCACGCUGAACGCUGGAAAGCGGACCAUCGAUCUUGAUAUUACAAAGCCCGAGGAUAUUACGCGUUUGCAGGAGCUAGUUGCAGAUGUUGAUAUCUUCCUUCAGGGUUUCCGAUGGGGCUCCCUUGGUCGCAAGGGGCUUGGGCUUCAUGAUCUUCUGAAGGUUGCAGCCGACAGAAACAAGGGAAUUAUCUAUGUUGACGAGAACUGCUACGGACCCGAUGGCCCAUUCGCCGAGCGCCCCGGUUGGCAGCAAAUUGGAGAUGCAGCAUCUGGAAGCUCCUACGUCAUGGGACGAUCACAGGGCCAUGAAGAGGGAAAGAGUGUCCUGCCACCUCUUCCUGUUUCGGAUAUGAUCACUGGCAUCGUGGGUGCACUUGGUGCAAUGAUUGCAGUCCGAGACCGUGCCAUCAAGGGUGGCUCGUAUCAUGUUGCAACAUCCCUGGUAGCUGCGGAUAACAUUGCUCUCGAGAAGGAGGUUGGUUUGUAUCCUCCUGAGGUUAUCAAACAAACAGCGGAACGCUUCGGAUUCCUUCCAAUUACACCGGACCAGUAUGUUUCCGAGGUCUUGAUGACAGUGGUUGAUGGCUGGAAGAGGGGACUUCCAGGUUAUCUGGAUGAAGACUCUAAGCUUAUGAUGACAUUUGAGGAUGGUUAUUGGGGACGCCAGUCGAUUAUGAAGCCUGUGGCCAGGCUUGGCAUUGACGAGGCAACACCCACAUGGACUUCUGCACCGGUGCCAAGCUGCCACCAUGAUCGGGGAAUUACCUGGGCGUGA